AUGUCCUCCACAAGACCAAACACUCACCGUUAUGUUGUCUAUCUGCCCUACAUUGAGAAGGGCAGGGCUCGUCCUUUUCGCGUUUCAGAGGACGCAGACGUCCAAGACCUCAUAAAUGAAAUUUGUCAAUACGCAGGAUACAAAAAUGCCUUGGACAACCAAAUUGUAGACCUUUACAAGUGUGGUAGUCUUGAGAGGAAGCCGCUCGAAUCACUUUAUGGCCGUGCCUUAGACUGGCUUCGUGGACACGCAGGUGAUGGUGGAGAAAAAACGCCUUUGGAUCCUGCAGACCGUCUGAACGAGUAUUUCCCUGAGGGACCUACCUCGGAGCAUGAGAAGAUGGUAGAUAUUAUUGCUAUGGUUGGUUCAACUGGGGUGUCAUCUUCUGCAGAAGGCCACAGAGAUGACAGUGAAAUGACGGACAUGAUAGAUAUCAUUGCUCUGGCUGAAUCAACAGGCAUUCCGGCCAAACGCUCGCGUCCUAGUGAAGAAGAAUCCCCUCAGGCAUUACAACGACAACGACAACAACAACUCCAGGAGAGGCCAGUACUUUUUCCCACAGAAGCAGGGGCAUACUUUCAUACAGACCCUGGUGCCUUCGGUUGGCAGCUUGAGCAUGUGGAUGACUGGUGGAAUUUCUAUGUGUUCUGGACCAACCAAUCAUCCGACAUCGAGGUCCAGCAGUCCGUU